UUGUCUUGUUUCUAUCGCUAUCGCCUCGCAUUGUGCAAAGACAUAGCGAUAUAAGAGAAUAGCGAUAACGAAAGGCAAUAUCCAAUGAGAACAUUGCUUUUUUGAAAAAGUAGAUCUGUCAUUGAAUAUUGCCUAUCGCUAUCGCUAUUUCCUUAUUCUUAUCGCUAUCGCCUCGCAUUGUACAAGGGCCUUUAGAAUGCGGCCUAAUUUGGCUCAUGAUGACAGCGCUUUCUUCAAGUAAAAUUCAGCUGAGUUCAGCUUGUACGUAACAAACAUGGCUCCAGAGAUAGAAAACAUGACACGAUAGAAAUGAACAAGAAUAAGCAAGUUAUUGCUGAUUCAAUCACGCUCGUGAUACUACACUGUCCACGGACACUUUGUAAAACUCGAUUAAUCGGAUCUAACUUGUCGUGAUGCUAAAUAACGUCAAAAGUGAGAUGAUAAUCGACGAGUGCAAGCGCAGCGAAGAAGACAAUCCGCGGAGACAAGCAUUGUCCAGAACAGAUCUAGGAUUUCGACCGCAAAAGGAAUUAGUGUACAAUAAAUUGUUACCAUACGCGGAUAAGCUUGACGUAGAAUCGCGAGUAUGGCUCGCCGAGAUCAAAGGAAACCUAGGACGUGCAGUCAUGCUACGAGAGCUCAAGCCAGGAUGUGUUUUUUGGACAAAUAGAUUGAAUAUAUAUAUAAAACUAUAUGGGAUGAAAUUUAGUAAGGAAGAUCAUAUAGCGUUUGUAAAAUUAAUAUACGAACUUGUUACCAUACCAAAUUUAGAUCCAAAUCUUGUCAACAAAUUUGGUACUACCUUAAUUCUACUACUGAAGAAAAAAGAAUUAAUUAGUCCUGAUGAGCUAGAACUUGCAUGGAGACCUUUAUAUGAAAUAAUACGUCCCUUAAAAGAGAAUUCAGCAGAAAUAUAUCGUCAACCUUUAUGGUUGAAAAAUAUAUUACAUUGCGUAAUUCGCUCCGUAAAGAUUUAUUUCCCUUUGAAUGCCACGCAAGAAAUAUUAGAUGAGCUAAGACCAACAUUCUGUCCUUUUGAUAGUAUGACAAUGUGUACAAGUCUUCAGACUUUAGAAUGUUUUUUACCAUUGCAACUACCUCCUAAGCAUCAUUCUAUUGGACAUCAGUUAUGGUUUGAUGAAUUUAUGACUAUAUGGAAAGUGUGUCACAAUGCGCCACAGUGGGAAAACAAUAUGAUGUGGUUAAUGGCAAGAUUGGCAACUCACAAUAUUGGAUACAUUGACUGGGAACCACAUUUUCCCUUAAUGUUCACUAGAUUUAUACGGUGCUUAAAUUUGCCAGUAACAUACAAGCAAACACAAAACAGCAAGAAUCAUAAACUAGAAAUAGCACCAAUAGCUCUAUGGAUAGUAGCGGUUUUGGGAAAUGGCUCAAGUGCACAGAUGUAUUUGGAAAAAUUUCUAAAAACUAUAGAAACAUAUUUUUAUCCAGCCAAUUUUGGACGAUGGUUUGGAAAGUUAAAGGAACUUCUUAUCAAACUUCCAUAUCACUUUAUUUUACGCUUACACAAAGAAAGAUAUGCGAAGGUAACAUGGGAAACUUCAAUUCCCGAUAAUUACAAAUUAACUGAUAGUGAUGUUGAUGCCUUUGUUAAAAGUAUGUUGCCUGUAGCUAUGACAGCUAUGUUCAGUAAAUUUGGUGUAAAUGACGCCUGCCACGCUUUACAGUACCUUGCUACUAUGAGACCGAAUUUAGUAAUACCAGAUAUGUUAGAAAGAAUGUAUUCUACAUUUGAUUCCUUGACUGAACCGCAUAAACUUACAGCCUCAAUGAUCUGUAUGGUAGCUGUUGCCAGACCAAUGGUGCAAGGUUCUAGGAAUAUAAACACAGGUUACACAUUCUUGGAAGGACCAUCGCACGUAUUGCCAUUGCUGUUUUCAUCAUUACCUGGGAUCGAUCCAAAUGAUAUUGGAAAAUGUUUUGCUACGUUCCGUUUCAUUUCCGUUUAUGCCACGCUAAUCCCCAUUGUGGAUUCCUCUAGAUCAAUUGCGAUUAUGACAGAGAAUGAAAGGAUGAUUUGCGAAGCGACAUCGCGUUUCGAAGAUUUUAUACUGCAAUUUCUGGACAGGGUAUUCAUGUUCAUAGAUUCCAGUUCGUUGGAAAGCGUGCGGCUCGAAAACCGCGGCGGUAACUUGAAAAGCAAACUGGAGUCGAUCGCGGAAACAGCACUCUCUGGCGUAUGCACGACACUUUUGAUGGAGACCAGUGACGCGAUUUUCGAGAGUGCUUUGCAUAAAUUACGUACGUUCAUGACAGAACGUAUUCUCGAGACAAAAGUUGCAGGCCAAUUGGCAGCGGUUGUGUGCAAGAGUUUCUCUCGCUUUAAUGGGCGCGAUACACUGCAUGCGCUGGUGCCUGUACUUACACAAACUAUCUUACCGCUUGUUAAUGAAGAAGAGGAUGUAUUGAAGGAAGAGAAUUUGGAUCAUCGCCUUCUACAUGCUAUGCUCAUAUUGUCCGCGAUUGUCGAUACUCCAGGAAAUAACUUGAUACCACAUAUGGACACGCUGCUCAAGGUCCUCGAUCGCGUUCUUCUCUUAAGAUCGAUAGACGGAAAUAAACUAGCCUGUCAUCUACUAAAAUGUAUUCUCUGGUCAUUGUCGACUAUUACUCCAUGCCAAUAUAAGUCCAGCAAGAGAGACUACAAUGAUCCUAACUAUCCUUACAUUAGAGAUUGGGGUCAAAGCGUAGAUAUUGAUAACUUUUGCAUCAAAUGGUAUAUUCCUGGCGAAGAAGAGAUUGCUGCUAUUCAACGAAUAUUCUCAAGAUAUUUGACAAUUCAAAUUGACAAGCUUAAUAGAUACUGCAAAGAUUCUAGAGUUCUAGAUAGGGAGGAGUUGUUCUCCAGUUUAAACAUCAUAUGCAGCAUUAUUAGAGGUUCCGAAUCUGUCCUACCAGUUUGGACAGAAACACCACUUGAAGUAGUCAAAUCUUCCUUAGAGUGGAAUGUAUCUGUAUUGCCUGUAUAUGGAAUGAGCGGACAUGUUACAAUGCCUGAUGGUAGCAAUGUUAGGCAUCAUCUCACUGAGAUUAUGAGCCGAGUCCAACAAACGAUGCUUAAAAAUGCAGAAGACAAUACGAAGAGUUUCUUUGCAUUAAUACGGAUUUGGUCUAGUUUGUUACUGGGAAAAAUACGAUUGCGCGAAUCGCAUGAUGAACGACGUAAGACUUUUCAAGUCGCCAAAAGGAUAUUUGAAGAUAAAUUGAUAGGAAACAAGGACCGGAUGGGUCCAUUGAUACUGGAACGUUGUGAUAUUCAGCAUGAGCUCCGAAUACUCGCGCAAUCGAUCGCAUUAACGGAGAUUCAUAAACGAAUAAUGUUGGAGCUAUUCACGCUAGCGAUAAGCAGAUACGCAGAUGUGCGUUCGAAAGCUCAAUUCAGCCUUUUCUCUGCCCUAAAAAAUUUCCCAUAUUCUUAUACAUUUAUAGUUCCCCGUCUUAUUGAUAUUUUGGCAAAAGAUACCGAAGAAUAUCACGAUGCGUAUAAGGGUGUUUUAUAUAUGCUGCUUGGACCGCAACAUGUUCCCAUUAUUACAGAGAGAGACUGGAGUGUGUUGAAAUCACUGUGGCCAGCCAUCGUACUUUCCAAGCCAUCAGAAAAACUUUCUGUGAUUCGACUUAAGGAGAAUAUUGUAAAUACUAUAAGCAAAUACUUUUAUAUGAAUACAAUCGAACUCCAAAUACCUGACAGAUGCCUGAUAGCUGCGCGCACAUUGUGGAAAAAUUUCCCGCAACCGACACUGCCGCAGCCUAAUGAGAUUGAAACACAAGAGGGCGCACAAAACUUAAAGCAAUUUAGUGAAUCUAAUCUAAUGAUGUAUACCGGUUUGCUUGAUGAACUAUUACGUUGUAUACUUGAAGAAUCUCUACACUGGCGACAUAAAUUAAUGGCAAUGAGUUUUAUACGGGAUUUGGUUCAGCCAAAUCAAAUCUAUUCCGCAAAAGUAGUGCGUUAUUUCUUGCAAGCGCUUAUACAUGAUUCCUUGGAAGAAAGAAAGAUUGCUAUUAAAGUAGUAGUAUUUAUGUUAAAACAACAAAAGCAAAAACAUCCAAAAGUGACAGUUGACAUAUGCAGUCUGUCUAACAAGAACAUGUUAAAGGAGAGCUCAGAAGGUCAAAAUAUUACGCCCGGAAUAAGAAGUGACAAUUCUUGGCUUCAAUACAAUUAUGAGACUCGUCCGUUGACUACCGAGCAAUGGGAUGAAUGUAGAUACGUUCAUCAACCAUACGUGGGCUAUUAUGUCUGGCCAAAAACUUUGGAAGUAUAUGCGCCUUCAUCUCAACAGCCAUGCCUCGAUAUGCAAAUGCGUGAGCUAACAGAUUGCGAGCGAGAAGUCCAUCUCUUUUUUGACAAUCCACAGAACAUCGAGAAGUUCAUAAGUUACCUCAGUCUGGAAGAGAAGAAGGGCAAAGACAAAUUCAAUGCGUCCAGAUGUUUUCUAUUUAAAGGCUUGUUUCGCAAUCAUGGAAUCGUCUACUUGAAACAUUUUUUGCCGCAUUUGCAGCGACUGGUGACGGACAAGCACGAGAGCAGCCAACGAUGCGCCGCGGAAAUCACAGCUGGGAUCAUCAGAGGUGCCAAGCAUUGGCCAUUUCAGAUGGUGUGCGACAUGUGGCAAGCGUUGUUGCCCAUUAUAAGAAUCGCGAUUGUGAAUCUAACAGAAGAAACUGUCGUAGACUGGGGUAUAUGCCUCGCGACGGCACAACAACGUAGGGAUCCAAAUAGGCACCACUGGCUACUAGAGUGCCUGAUGGAGGAGCCGCUUCUGAAAGACUCAGAAUCUUCCUUCGUAGAAUGCGGUCGUCUUUACGUGCUGCAAGGCGCCUUGAAUCAACAGUCGUGGCGAGUCACAGAGUUACUGCAACGUCUAUUAGUGCGCUUGGAAAAUCGAUUACUCACUAAUCCGUUUCAGAACGUUCGUGAACGCCUAGGAUCAGUGCUGGUUACUGUAUUCGACGCUGAUCUAAAAUUUCCGCAUGGCUCAUCCGACACUGCAAUACCGCAAAUGCAGACUUUGAUUGAUAAAAUUAUACCAAAACUGAAACAACUUAUAGAGGACGAUGAUGCAACCAAAUUAAAUGGUUUAGAUAAAGAGAAUUUAUUACAAAAAGUUGCUAAUGUUUCAUUCGAUGAAUUAAAGGAAGUAUCCAUAGCAGAAGAAGAGGAAAUUCCUAAGAGAUUGCUAAAAACUGUCUGCAAAUGGAUUAUAAAUAGUCUAUCUCGUUCGCAAUACGCUGCGAGAUCAGGAUAUUAUGAGAUAUUUCCGAUUAUAUGUCAAUUAGAAAGCUCGGAAGCGGACGAAGAACUAAAUAAGUUGUGUUUAUGUACCCUGGCAACGCUCGCGCAAGCGUUCACAUUGCCAGAAGUUAUGUCAAUAGCAUUGACCGCUGUGAAGACAAUGUCCGAGCACUCGUCAUGGUCUGCUAGAUUCACUAGCUUGGAAUUCCUUCAAGUAUUAGUCUUUCAUAACAUGGGUAUAAUUCUUAGUAACAUAUCGUGGAUUGAUUGCGUUAAGAAUAUCGUUCUGCGCUUAUUAGAGGAUGAGCGUUUAGAAGUCAGGGAGAAGGCCAGUCUGGUACUCGGGGGAUUGUUGCACUGCACGUUCAUUGCAGAUGGAGAAAAAUUAUUGGAGGAAUUCAAGAGAAAGUCGAGGACGCGGUUGCACAAGAAAAAUAAUCAGACCGAUAAUGCGUUGAAAAAUAUAGAAAAGGUCGAUGCGAUACGUAUACGUCAUGCAGGUAUACUCGGACUAUGCGCUUUCAUUCGCGCCCAUCCGUAUGAUGUGCCGAAAUAUGUGCCUUCAGUCUUCGAACAUCUCGGUUUUCAUAUGAAUGAUCCGCAACCCAUACCAAUGACAAUAAGAAAGACUCUGAGUGAUUUCAAACGAACACAUUAUGAUGGCUGGACAGGCAUGAAUGGUCAUGCGCAACAUUUUACAGAGGAACAAUUGGCUGUCUUACAAGAUCUAACGGUGCCACCAUCACAUUAUGCUUGAAAGAGAAAGAGAAAGAUCAAAGAUUAAAUCAGAGAGAGAAAGAGAGAAAGAGAUAGGUAGAUAGAUUAGGGAUUAAAUUUUAUAAUUUAAUAUGCAAGUUUGCAUAUAAUAAAAGUAAUAACCGAAACACUAAUUCUAAUGCAAAUUAUGUCCGAAAAAAAGAUGUAAUAUGUUCAUUAAAAAUCAAAUGACA